AUGUCAAAUCUUGCAUACUUGCAUCUUCAAAAUGAUGGAUUUACUGGAGUCCUCCCUGUUGCUUUGCUUAACCUUCCUCUUCUGAAGGUCAUGGACAUUAGUGGAAAUUAUUUGUCAGGCGUUAUUCCAGAUUAUUUUCCUCUGUUUCCAAAUCUGGUCAUGCUUCUCUUGGCAAGAAACCGAUUUCAUGGGAUUAUUCCAGUAUCUUUAUGCCAGAUGCAAAAGCUUCAUAUUUUGGACAUGUCUGCAAAUUUACUCUCUGGGGUUUUACCUUCUUGCCUUAGUAACAUAACCGGGUGGAAAAAGGAAUCUGUAGUUCUACUUCCAGCCUUUAUGUGGUUAUCUCCGUCAUAUACUAACUACAGGGUCAAAGUUCCUUUAACAACCAAGGGCAAUGCACUCUCUUACGAAGGCAUUCCUCUUUCUCAAAUGACCACACUUGAUCUAUCUAUGAACCGUUUUACCCGUAAAAUUCCAUCGCAACUAGGAGAACUCGUAGCCCUCCAUUCAUUAAACCUCUCCUACAACAUCCUAUCUGGUCAUAUUCCAGAAUCUUUCAUGAACUUAAAGAAACUGGAGAGUUUGGAUCUUUCUUAUAACCAUCUGAUAGGAAAAAUCCCUCAUCAGAUGGCUCAACUUGAUUCCCUUUCAACUUUAAAUUUGGCUUUCAAUCAUCUAUCUGGAAGAAUCCCGUUCGAGAACAAAUUUGUCACCUUUGCAGCAUCUAGUUACAGAGGUAACAAGGAACUCUGUGGACCACCAUUGGAAAAUGAUUGUGUUUUCUCCAGGCCGCCUCAGCAGCAUGAAGAAGAAGAGGAGCAAGGAAUUGGUGAGAGUGACUUGUUUUUCUUCUCAUGCAUUGCUGUUGCUUAUGUUGUGGGAUUUUGGAGUGUCAUUGCUCCUCUUAUUCUUAGUAGGAAUUGGCGCACGACAUAUUAUGCUAAGGUUGAUAGCCGCAUUGAACUGUGCAGGGAGAAACUUCAUCUUUCCUAA